AUGGCUUUAACUAGAUCUUUUUCUGGUCCUGGUGGAUUGAGUAUUAAUACUAAUUCUGCCAAUUCUCUAUUCGGAGCAGGAACCACACAAGGAGCAUCAGGAGGAAUGUUUGGAAGUACACAGGCUGCGAAGCCUUCCGCGGGUCUUUUUGGCGCAGCUGCUCCUCAAACUGGUGGAUUAUUUGGUUCAACAACUCCAGCAGUUCCUGCUACCGGUGGUUUAUUUGGAUCAACUCCUGCUGUAGCUACUGCUACGCCAGCAACUGGAGGUUUAUUUGGAUCUGCUCCUGCUCAACCUGCAACCGGUGGACAAUUUGGAUCUGCUCCCGCUCAACCUGCGACUGGAGGACUAUUUGGGUCUGCUCCCGCCCAACCAGCUUCAACUGGCGGUGGUUUGUUUGGUUCAACGACUGCCGCCACGACAGCUCCUGCAACCGGUGGAUUAUUCGGUGGUGGACUUGGGGGAGCACAAGUAAAUAAUCAGACAGCUGGCGCAAGUACGGGUGGUGGACUUUUUGGUAGUACUGCUACGUCACAACCUGCGCAGAAUGGAGGUGGAUUGUUUGGAAAUCUGAGCCAGGCAAACCCAACAGCACCUGGAGGGCUCUUUGCAAGUCAACAAACUCAAACCCAAACCCAGCCACCACAAACAUCCUCCCUUUUUAGCGCACCAUCUCAAAACCAACAGCAAGGUCAAACAACCAACAACAUGCUUGGUGGUAGUCGUUUCUUGGGUCAAAAUGCCCAACCUCAGCUUGUCCCAGGCGUCCGAAUUGAUGUUAGCCAAAUGCGCGGCACCACACGAUACAACGAUCUCCACGAGGACUUACAAAGACAGAUUGAAACGAUCGACAAAGUGAUUCAAGCUCAAAUAAGCAUGAAAAAUGACUGCGAAGCCAUCAUGCCCCAGCAUGGUAAGCUUCUCGAGCACAUCCCCAACGAUGUCGAAUUUUGUCGAAGGAAAUUACUCGGCAUGGAAGAAGCCAUGGAACGCGAUGCCGCAGACAUUGAUCAAGUCCGUCAAUUGAUUAAAAAGGAUGCCGACAAUGCUACUUUAAGCUUUCGUGCAAUCGAUAAUCAAAAGUUACCCACCCAAUACCAAACCCCCGGCAUCUGGGCCACCAAAUCUACGAACAAUCCCAACUCCAGUGCAUCCAAUGACGCUGAUGCACAAGAUCUGGUUUCAUUUUUCUCUUCUACGGCAGACGAGCUUGAUGCUACACUCAAGAAAUAUCACAGCAAUUUCACCGAGAUAGAAGCACAUCUAAGGAGUCUAGAACAAAGCACAGCGCAACAAACACAAGCUUUAUUAGCACGAAAAAAUGGAAGAGCUUAUCAGCAGGAGAAUCCAGUUCAUGAGUUAGGAUUGGCGCUUAUGGAGUUUGAACAGAGUAUUUUGCAGGUGGCAGGCAAGAUUGGCGCGACUAGGGAAGGCAUUCAAGGGUUGCAAUUUGGAAGCUUUACGGGGCCUGGUGACAGAGACAGGAGGGGUGAAGCGCCGACAGGGUUUGGGGGAAGUGUGAGGGGGAGAGGGGGUAUUUAUUAA